UUUUGUGAUUCGUUUUCUCCCUUACAGUAUACAGAGACCGUCUCACCUUCUCUGCUGAGUGCUGAGUCACGAAAUUAUGGAUGCAGAUUCACACUGACGUUCACUUCUCUUGCUCUCCUCGUUUUCCACAAUUUUUCGCGCGCACCUCCGUACUAGAGAUCUGAUCCCCGAUACGCGUCGCCGUUUUGUGCGCAGAGCCAUUCGUGAAUCGUUUCAUGCUCUGAUUUCCUGUGACUCCACGGUUCCCAUCGCUUCUGCCGAAUCGGAAGAUGGGAUUAGUGUUCACGAAAUUGUUUUCGUCCCUCUUCGGUAACAUUUACUACUCCUUCUGUUUCGUUGUUAAUUUGUUGGUUAUUCUCGUACAUUUCCUCUCAGAUCGGCUUCAGAUGGGUGAAGUUGUGUCAACGAUUCCAACAAUCGGGUUUAAUGUUGAAACCGUGCAAUAUAACAACAUUAAAUUUCAAGUUUGGGAUUUAGGUGGGCAAACCAGUAUCAGGCCAUAUUGGAGGUGUUACUUUCCAAAUACUCAAGCAAUAAUCUAUGUUGUUGAUUCGAGUGAUACCGAUAGGCUUGUGAUAGCUAAGGAAGAGUUCCAUGCUAUUCUGGAGGAAGAAGAGCUAAAGGGUGCAGUUGUUCUCAUUUUUGCAAACAAACAGGACCUUCCUGGUGCCCUUGAUGAUGCUGCAGUGACAGAGUCUCUGGAAUUGCACAAGAUAAAAAAUCGCCAAUGGUCUAUUUUUAAAACUUCUGCCAUAAAAGGCGAAGGACUUUUUGAGGGCCUGGACUGGCUGAGCAAUACACUCAAGUCUGGAGGUGGCUAAAGGUAUCAGCCUCAACCAAUUUGAUAAUUAGAUCGAUUGGUGAAUUCAAAAGAAGGGUUAACAUGUGUAGUUUGUAUGAACUUUCACCGCUGAAUUGACGUCAUAAUAUAUCAUUAUUAUUCAAUUCUCAUACACAUGUAUUUCAAUCCCCCUUUUUGUGUUUUGAAGAUUAAGGAUAUGAACGUUGGUCAUUGAUUGGUUUUGUUUACUGAACUUAGUUGGGUCCUUUUUGUAUUUCUCAGUCCGUUUCUCGGAACCCUUCAUAUGCUAGUAAAGAAAAUUGUUAUAAGAUUCUGUAA